AUGCCUCUGCUCGAGGUCUCACACAACGCAAGAGACCUCGAGUCCUCGGGUCGAAAGAGGACGCAUAAUGAAUUCGCCGCGGAAUCGGCAAAGGUUGAUCCAGUGGAGGAUGCUAAGAACAUCGCGCCUGUGGAUAUUCAAGAGCCGGACAAUGACUCACCUCUUUCUUCCCCAUUAUCGUCGCCUGGCCGCCAAGACAUAGAGAGCGAUCUGCCACUGCCGUCAUCACCAUCAAAAGCGGCUGAGGCCCAAAGCACUUCUGGAGCGGCUGCACCAGACUCAAAACCCGCCACAGACAUGAAUCCGCCGGCCAAGCGAAAACGCCUUACGGCGGCGGAGAAGGAGAUGCGGGACAAAGAACUUGCCGAGAAGAAGAAAGAGCGUGAGGAGCAGGCCGCGGAAAAGGCCGCAGAAAAGGCAAAAAGAGAGGAAGAGAAAACGGCGCGAGCAAAGGAGAAAGAAGAGAAACGAAAGCAAAAAGAGGAAGAGGAUCGAAUCAAGGCUGAAAAGAAACGAAAGAAGGAGGAGGAAUUAGAGCGAAAGGCGAGAAGUCAGAAGACACUUGGCAGCUUCUUCAAAAUCCCCAGCAUGCCUAAGCACCCCGACGGAGAAGAGACGACGAGAGAGAAUAGCCCCGCAAAGGCCAAUUCAUCGGCGGCCAAGGAGAAGCCAACAGUAUCGGAAUACUCAAAGAUGUUCCAGCCGUUUUUCGUCAAAGACAACACUCAACUGGCACCGGCGAUAUCACAGAUGGAUGAGGCAACCCGGGCGACAAAAUCCAAAAACCUGGACGAGUAUAUUGCGAAUCAGCCUAGCGAAGAUGCUCCUCCCCAGUUCGACCCCGUGAGGGCCUUUUCCUUCUCGGCUCGCCCCCCGCGCCGUGGCAAACUACAUCAGCCAGUCCGACACCUCAUGGAGAUGGCUUACAAGGCUACUCAAGUUUCAGUGAACACGGGCAGUGCCGAUUCUAGCAGAAUCUUCACAGAAGUCCAGACGGGUCUAAAGAAGAUUCCCCUGAAAGUGAUUGCCUUCUCCCAAGACGUGCGUCCGCCAUAUUACGGUACCAUCACUUUCAAACCCUUUGUGCUCGGCAAAGGAAACAUGCAGAGACUCGCGAGAAGAUCCAUGUCCCGUCGGCUACCGCUCGACUACGAUUACGAUUCGGAGGCUGAGUGGCAGGACGAGGAAGAGGGCGAGGAUCUAGACCUGGAGGAUGAAGAAGAGGAGCUGGAUGAUGAAGACGAUAUGGAUGGGUUCCUUGAUGAUUCUGAAGAUGUUGGCCUCUCUAGGAGAGUGUUUGCCGACACCUUAAAGCCGGACAUUACGGGCCCUUGCUUCGAGAACCAGCACCGCAAAGUCUCCGUCUUGGCUUUGAGCGAGAACAAGAUGGAGUUUAUUCAUGGCGCUGGUGGCCCUAACUCGGCGCCUGGGAAGCUUGUCAAGCCUGAGCUUCUGAACGACGUCAAGAAGGCCAUCCUGGACAACAAGGCUCUCUCAAAGGUCGGCAUCGUCGACUUCAUCUUCCACCAGUUCAAAGAUCAAGCCUCACGGCUGGAAGUCAAGAACACAAUCGAACACGUUGCGGAGAAGAAGGGCACCGGUCGAACCAAGGAAUGGGAGCUGAAGCCCGGCCAUGAGAUUACGCUAUGA